AUGCCUCCAAAGAAGAAAUGUACCCACAAGGCCAGGAAGGCAGAGCUGACGUUCCUUGAGAGGCCGCGGGAGGGACCUGUCCAUUGCUAUGAAACUUUGCUACCUUCUUCCAAGAAUCCAAGACGUGUUCCUGCAAAACCUGUAGAUCAGAACACCUCUGCUGCCUGGGUGUGCCCACAAUUUGAACCAACUGAAUCAGUGGUGUUGAAAGCAUGCCAGAAGAAGCAUUGUGGUCCUCGCAAACCCCAGAAUCAGGAUGCCAACCCCAGUUCGUUUCACACAGGAGGAGCUUGUCGAAAAGGUAUAGCCUGCAAGUUUCCUCCUUUAACUUUUGAGAAUCCAGAAGGACGUGCAGUCCACCCCUCGGAUCAUCCGAAAUGCUCAAGGAAGAACACGCAGAGCUCUUGCAGCCAGCCCAAGAAACGAGCAGCAGCAAAAGCCAACAUCCAGGUGAACAGUCCAGAGAACUGUAGAGAAAUACCGUUACCUGCUUCCCAGCCUGUGGAGCCAGCAGUCUUUAGUCCACCGAAUGUAGAGACUCCACAGGUACCUUCCAUAAGGAACCAGAGAUGCUGCAGAGCUCUGCCACAAACAAGUAGCCAUGCCUGGCAUCUGGAAAAAGAGCUGGCAUUUGGUAUUGAUCCCUGUGGGAGAGAGGAGUCGGCAACAGUACUGGUUAUGGAUACUCCCGAGCAUGAGUAUGGAGUAAAGGUUACUUGGAGACACCGACCUCACGUCAUGAAAUACUUCAGGGAAAUAGGGAAGCUGAGCACCACUGACAUAAUGGUGAAUGCAAACCUCAAGGACAUGGCCUGA